CCAAUCAAUAAGCUUGACUUACCAAAAAUGGAAACAAAGGUGUGCAUAUAGUACUUUCAAGACCCAUUUUUUUAUGUGUCGACAUUUUUUUCUAUUAUUUAUUAUGCUCAUUUUGUAAAUCAUGUCUUUUGAUAAAGAAAAGGAAAAUGGACCACUAAAUAGUAACAGCUAUUUCAACCACUCGCUUCACCAAAUGUUUAAUUCGGGUAAUGUUGCUGCAGCAUUUACCACAUCUCCAAGAACUUCGCCUUCUGUAGCCAAUUAUUCAAUGUCAAUGUACGGCAUGCCUACUACAGCCAAUGCUAACGCCAACACCAACACAUUUGGUGCUCGUUUCCCAUUGCAACCUCAAGCUCAGCCUCUUCUUGGAGGUACACCAACAGAAGCAGCUACACCUCACUUGGCUCGUCAGUUGCAAUAUGCGCAAAUCUCUCGACAGUCGUCAUCUCCUCACCAUCAUGCUCGUGCAGCUGCUGCCAUGGCUCGUAAUACACCUGUCUCCACUGCUGUCACUAUUACGGAUCCAAACGACCCCAAUAAGUUUGCAAACGGCCAUGGUGCGUUUAAAACUAAAAAGACAACUACCAAGGCAAACGAAGAAAAUCAAACAUGGACUUCUUUAGAUAUGGGUGGCAUGGGACUCAAGAAUAUUUCAUCGGCCAUCUGUAACUACAAGUUUUUAACAGCACUUUAUAUUAACCAUAAUAACUUGACGUACCUCAUGCCUUCCUUGGCUCAGUUGACUCAAUUGAGGGUCUUGGAUAUCUCUGGUAAUAAGUUAAGUAUGCUCCCGCCUGAACUAGGUAUGCUUAUCAACCUGCGCGAACUGUUGGCCUUUGACAAUAACUUGGUAACUCUACCUACUGAGUUUGGUAAUCUUUAUCAACUCGAGACAUUGGGACUUGAAGGCAAUCCUAUUCAAGCAGACAUAAAGAAUAUCUUGAUCAAGGAUGGUACACAAGCUGUUAUCAUGUCUCUUCGAGAAAAUGCUCCAGUUGGUAUGCCUCCUCCUCAAAGAGAAUGGGUUCCCGUCGAAGGAGACACUGGUGAAGAUGACUCAGAUAAGUUUUCUGUAUUGUGUUACAAUAUUUUGUGCCGGAAAUAUGCAACCAGUCAAGCUUAUGGUUACACUCCGUCAUGGGCAUUAAGCUGGGACUAUCGUAAGGAGCUAAUAUUGACCGAGCUCUCUCAUUAUAAUGCCGAUAUACUUUGCCUUCAGGAAGUUGAAAUGGGAAACUAUGAGGAUGAACUAAUAGAGCAUUUUGCAAAGGCAGGGUAUGAAGCCAUUUUCUUUCCCAAGACAAGAGCAAAAACUAUGACAGAAAAGGAAAGACGCGUAGUCGAUGGCUGUGCGACGCUUUAUAAGACAUCAAGAUUUAAACUUAUUGAACAUCAAAUGAUUGAAUACAAUCAAAAGGCCCUUCAACGUUCCGACUUUAAAUCGGCAGAUAUUUAUAACCGAGUGAUGAACAAGGACAACAUUGCAGUGCUUUCAUUGCUGGAAGAUGUUGUGACUCAACAACGAGUUUUAGUGGCGAAUACACAUCUUCACUGGGAUCCUUUAUUUGCUGAUGUUAAACUUGUGCAAAUUGGUGUAAUGAUGGAAGAGAUACAGAAGCUUGCGAACAGACACUUGAAUGAAGGAUCAGUCUCUUAUGGUCAUUGUUCUAAAUUGCCAACGGUCAUCUGUGGAGAUUUAAAUUCUGCUCCAGAUUCUGGUGUCUAUGAGUUCUUAUCUAAAGGAUCGGUUGCGCACGAUCACGAAGAUUUUGGUGAUCAUUCAUAUGGAGUAUAUACCACGGAAGGAUUAUCUCAUCCAUAUACACUCAAGAGCUCAUAUGGAACAACUCAAGAAUUGUCAUUUACAAAUUUUACACCAGAGUUUAAAGGAAUUUUAGAUUACAUUUUUUAUACUACAAACACAUUGGAAGUGACCUCUGUGUUGGGAAAUAUAGAUAAUGAAUAUCUCUCAAAAGUUAUUGGCUUCCCUAAUGCACACUUUCCAUCAGAUCAUAUCCCUAUUAUGGCAGAAAUCAAGUAUAAACCUAAUAACAAAAAAGACCAAACAAGACCAGCUGAUUUUAGUUCUACAAAUACAAUAAAGAAUAAUAGACAAUAAAAAAUCUGUAAAAAAAAAGA